AUUAUGGUCGAUUUUGGACUAUUUUAUGGUCAUUUUGAGCAAAUUGCGAAUCUGAAAAGCAAAUUAACUUGCGAAUCAUGUUACAUUGCUUAGUAGAAAAGCAAUUUGAUUCUGCUUAGAUUAUUGGGGUGAAAUUUGAUUCUUUUUUGGCAAGUGAUAUUGAAAUGCAAUAUUUGGGGAUUUAAGAUGAAAUGCAAAUCAGGCAUUAUGGAGGUGAUUUUUCUAGGGGAAGUUGCGGUUCAAAUUAGGGAUUAUCGAAAAUUGUUGCGGGUAUAAAGCGCAAGGAUGAUUAUUGUGGUGAUUGGUGAAAUUUGAUUUCUUUUGGUGUGUGAUUCUACAAGAGUUGGGGGGAUUCAAGAUGAAAUGCAAAUUAGGAAUUAGGGAUUAUGGAGGUGAUUUUACAGGAAUUUAGGGUUCAAAUUAGGGAUUAUAUUUGCGGCUAUAGAACAAAGCAAGAAUGAGGCACACAUCCAAUAAUUUCAAUAAUUUCAAUCUAAAGGUGCAUGUACCAUGUCAACCAUGGUAGCCCAUAGGAGUAGAAAUUUUCAGUAACGUCCUUCAAAUUGAUAUAAUUUGCUGAGAUCGUAAGAAUGUAAAACCACAUAUUAAGGCAACAUUGUAAACUUAAAUGAAAAACAACACUUUGAUAACAAUCAUUUUAACGGUUGCAAUCGUCUUGUUGCAUUGCCGUUGGCUUUUUUGUUGUUUUUGGUUUUUUCUUGGAUGUUAAUGUUGAGCUUAUUUCCUCUUGAGAAUAUCUAUUAAGGCAACAAAAAUUACUGCUUGACACUUGGUAGUUAGUAAGUUAGAUAAGUUUGUUAAAAUAAGAAUGAAGGUUCAAACAAUGUUUUUGGAGAAUUGCAAGGUUUUUUUGGACUACCCUAUUUAGAGAUUUUUUCAGAAUUUUAGAGUUUGAUCUCUAAAACCUUUUUUCAAAUGUAAUCUCAUCACUAUUCUAUAGAGCAUGAAACAUGGUAAAUGAACCUAAGUCUGAUUUAUAUGACUUAAUCUUUAGCAGUUCUAUUAAUUAAUGAUAAUACUAGUUCCAACGACUAUCCAAAAACAAGGAUGAUGGCCUAAAAGCCUACUAAUAAGAACAGUCUAAUGAACAGUCGCAUUAAUUUGUUCAUGUUUGUCCAAUGUCAAUCGUGAAAAGUUACGUAUGAAAUGUUUUCAAAACUUGAUAAUCUGUCAAAUUUUGAUUCCACCUAAAAAAAUUAAUGAAUAAUAACUUGAAAAUUUUGACAAGCUUUGAAAAUUGGAAUAUGUGGAUUAAAUUUGACCGUAACUUAAAUUUGAUUAUUUCAACUUUUUACUUCUAAGUCGUCACUUUUGCACUAAGCUUCAUUAUAUUUUUAGUAAAUUCUACUUCAAGUUACUGUUUUGGAUGAAGGUUUAUAAAUGGAAACAUUACUUAAAAUAAUAUAAUAUUUUCAUGAUUUUUUCACCUAUUAAUUAAUCAUGAAUAAUUUCAACUUUAGGGGGUAUUUGUCUAGAGUAAGAUUAGGUAAUCCGAAAACCCCGCUAUAGUAGGUAUUUCACCAAAAAUAAAUAAAUUGAAAAUUAAUGUAAAAUUAGAGAAAAAAAUUUAAAAUUCAUAUAAAAAAUUCUGAAUAUUUAAAAAAAUCAGAAUUUUUUUCACAUUUUUUCGCAUUUUAUUUUAGUUUAUCUUUUUUUAAAAAAUAAUAAAACUUGCUAUAUAUAAGUCAUCGGGUUACCAGGUUUACUCUAGGAAAAUACCUUCUAAAGUUGGGAUUAUUCAUGGUUAAUUAAUAGUUGAGAUUGUUGUAGGAAAAUCAUGAAAAUGUUGGAUUAUUCUAGGUAUUUUUUCCUUUAUAAAUUGUAUAUUUUUCUAUUUUUAUAAGAAAAAUAAAUAUAUAUUUAUUUCUCUAAAGUACAAGUUAUAAUGAUUUUUUAAAAAUUAAAUUGAAAUUAUUCUCGCACGGCCAAGCCUAAAACAAAUCUAAACAAUAAUCCAAUCAUUUAAACGAACUGUUUUAAUAGGUAUAAUAUGAAAAUCUAUGACUACAGAGUGAUGCAAAAUAAUGUAGAUGUCAACUAUGACAUUGACAGUGUAAUGGAGUUUGUAUGGAACAAGUACCUUAUUAUAGACUUAGAUUUAGUGCAUCUAUUUUAAGAACUAUAAAUGCACCAGGCCAAGUUUAUAAUUCCUAGAGUUUACGUAUAUAUAUUACAAUUAUAUCGGACUCGAUUAGAUUUGACCGAUAUUAAACACAUUGUUAUAUUAGAUUACACAAAAAGAUAGAAAUAUAUUUGAAUUAUAUCAGAUUAAAUAAUUUGAUCUUAUGUAUAUUCAUUUCAUGUAUCAUUUAAUUUAAAGAGAACAAACCCAUAAGUAGAUAAUUUUUCAAUCAAAAGUGACACAUGCAUAUUUGUACGUGUCUUACAAGAUGUUGCUAUUGACUCAAUGGAGUUUGUAAAGAAAUAUUUAUGGUGAUUUCUUCUAAUAUGCUCUCAUUUUCCAAGUUAUUGUUUUGGUCUAGCUUUCAUAAUGGGAAAAUUAAGAAAAAUGAGAUAAACCUAAAUAUUAUAGGCAGUGGGAGGAAAUGUAUGAAUAACAUGAAAAAAUAAGUUAAAUAUAUAAAUAAAAAUAAAAGAAAUAAUGUGGGUGAUGAUCAAAAAUAAAAAUUGUGCAAAUUUAGUGGAAUAAAUUAAAAAUAAAUUUCACAGGACAAACGGAAUAUUACCAACAAAAUAAAAGACUUAACUUGACCGGAAGACUGCUUGUUUGUAAGGCUAUAGAAAAUACACCAACUUGUAUAUCACCCAACAUCGAUCUGCAUUCAAUUUGUAGGUUUGUCCUAGAAGUUGUGACUAAUUUGCUUGAAUUCGAUAUUUUUUUGAAUUGUGAUCCAAAUUAUACCUAGAUACUUUGAGCUAAUCGGCUCAAGAAUGACUCACAUUCAAGAUUAAAGCAAAAAUAUGAUUAACUGAACAUGGCACACAUUCGACUAUAGUUGACCUGAAUUCGGACAUAAGUUAAUUCAAAUAAGCCGAGAUUCGCAAUUAAUCUGAUUUAAUAUCAACUUGACCCAUAAUUAAUAUGUUUAGCUUCAGCUUGACUAACAAUGACUCGACCUAAUAUCUACACAAGCCACGAGCUGCAAUUGAUCGAUCGAAGUUCAACUUUACCCAUUAUUGAUUUAUCUAACAUCAACUUGACUAGACGUGAUAUCUACACGAUUUUUGAACCAUAAUAUGAUCUACCAUCAACCUCACAUGCAAUUAUUCAUCCUCAUAUUUGAACCAAUAAGCGCUUGUGGCUUAGUGGAUAGAGCAUGUUGAGCAAAAGGUUUGGGGUUUGAUCCCUGUUAGAUGCAAAUAUCAGCUGGAGGGUUUUUGACUGCGCGCAUCUUCUUUACUUCCUCCUUGAGAGGAAUAGGUAUGAUUUGUUUGCAUCUUUCAGAAAUAAAAAAACCCAUCUAAGCCCUACCUUAUGGAGGACACUGAGAGUAUUCUUUACCUUUAUAUUUAAGCCACUACAAUUUCUCGAAAUUUAUAUCAAGCAAACCUAGGAGGAAAAUUUUCAAGAUUAAAUUUUAUCAAUAAUUCUAAUACAAAAGUAAACCGAUCCCAAAAUAACCAAACUCCAAUGUGAUUCCAAAGUCUAACCUUUUUGUAUUUAAUCAGGACUAUAAUCGACUUAGACCCGAACUUGAAUAAUCAGGACCAAUGUAAACACAAUAUGAACUUGAUCCAACUCGAAACCAAAUUUAACUAUAUGUAGUAUUGAUUCGACAUAGACCCACACCUAAUUUGACUUAUACCGAAAUCGCCUUAUUUAUCGUUUGACGCCACAAAACAUACACUAAAAAACAGUCCAACAAAAUUCAAGAGAAUAAAAAAGAUGGUAGUCCCAUUGAUAACAUCAAUAAUAAAAUUCCAAACAUCUCCUACAUCAGAUUGCUGCAGCUCCUUAAGGUCUCUUAUGAACAACGGCACUGCCUGUUUUUGUCAAACUGGCCUGGCGGUGUUCCUUUCCGCAUUCCCAUCAACCGUGCUACAGCUAUUUUGUAACCAUUAAUCAAUCUAGUUUCUAUUUCAAUGCAAAUGUUACUCGAUCAUCAACACUAUUCUUAGAGUAUACUUAUGAUUUUGGGUAGUUUGAUUUCAUUUUACCCAACUAAAAGUGAUUGUGUUUGAUCUAAUGCUAUGUUUUCCUUUUGAUUUGAUUUCUUUUUCUUGUUUAUAGAGUAUAUAACCUAUUAUGGGCCCAACUAUAAGCCUAAGAUCGUUCCUUGACUUGGUAUCAGAGGUCACUGCAUCCUACACUACACAUAUACUCGGGCUACAACUAUUAGCACCUAUUUGUUGCCUACGGCCCAACUGCCUCCCCUGCUUCCAUCUCUUCCAGUCCCUUGGGUAAAUCAAACAUUGAGCAAGUACAUUAGAUUAUACAUGUUGAAAAUCAGAACAAGUAUUAACAGCGAAGCAUGUACUAACUAUCCCGACAGAUGAAGCAGCAGCCCUGUCACCCGACAUUAACACAACUCUGAAUCCACCAUCUACUAUAGAGGAAUCAUCGCCUUUGUUAGAGUAUAAAACAUAUCUUGGAGCCUCAACCAUCAACUCAAGCUUUUGGUGAGUUGGUUCCAUGACAUGGUAUCAGAGCCAAUUUGACAAGAUGUCACAAGUUUGAAUCUCAUCCACCUCUCAUUAUUUCGAGUGGAAUAUUAGCACGGUGUAUGAAGAGGACAUGUGUUGCAUCUACACUUCUACCCCAAAGAGCUUUCGUGUAAGGGGGCGUGUUAGAGUAUAAAACAUAUCUUGGAGUCUCAAGCAUAAGUGGCUCCAGGACCUUAACAUCUACAUCAAUUGCUCCAGGAACCGCGACCCUCAGUUCAACUGCUUGGUUAUUGUUAGGAUGAUUUCUAGUUGAUGAGUAUAUAUAGAUAUUAAAAAGUCUAUUGUGUUUUUUUACCUUGGAAAUUCAAAUUGUUUAUAUUGUAGUUGUGUUCAUAUUAUAUUCCAACAAAGUCUAGGAUAUGUUGGUUAAGAAAAAGUUUCACACAUUUAAUGUAAGAGUAGAAUGAAAGUGGAUGGCUAACAAAUAAUUUCAUACAUAUGAUGCUUUGAUUUUGAGAAGUCAUUCAUUUAAACAUCCCUUAUAUAGUUGUAGUUGGCAACUUUCCCUUUUCCAUGACUUCGUUUUCCAUUCGUGUGACACAAACAGCAACAGAAAUUGGGCUGUUUCGGAAUCAUGAAAUUCGUAUGAACAAGUAGAAGAUACCCCUCAGGCCCCAAUCGCUCUAAAUACAUAUAUAGUCCUUGUUCUGGUAGAUGAACUUACUAAAAAUAGUCCACAAUGGGAGGCUUAAGGAAUAUGAGGUUCCUAAAAAUAGCUUUACCAUCAAUCUUAAUCUUAAUCUUGUGUGUUUUUCCUGUCAGAAUUGAAUCUCAAAGACCAGCAGGUUGCUCUUUUGAAGGCUUACAGCUUGAUAAAUGCUUCAAUCAAGAAGGACAAUACGUGUUCUUCGAGCCUUGCUGCAGAGCUAUUAACCAAGCUGUUCGAGUUGGGUUUCACUGUUUAUGCACUAUAUUAACGACUAAUACUCCGCAAUUUACCACUCUUUUAUCUUUGUCCAUGUCAAGUUGCUAUCUCAUGAUCCCUCCUUUGACAAUGUGCCGAGAUUUAGGUACAAUGCCGAUAUCCCUCCCACUUCCUCCUAACACUUCGAGUAAUGAAUUUCGGGGUGCACAACAAACGGCCUUAGUACCGCAGCCUCCUAGUUGGGCAACUCCUCAGGCAGACGGCAUUCCAUUGAAUUCUUCCUCUCUAAGUAGUAAUUCAACUCAUGUGAAGAGAAAAAAUGUGACUUCAAUGUUACAUGUAGUAGAGAAUGCAAACAAUGUGAGUUCUAGUAGUGAAAGGAUUUAUCUUUUCUGCUUCUACUGUUGGUUGGUUUGUUUAGCUUUUCAUCUUUGAUGUAGCUUAUAACUUAUAAGUUGUAUCCAUCAUCUUCAGUUUGUAGAGAAUGAUACCCCAUUGAAUAUGAAUGUCCCAAUACGUACAAACUUCAAUUCACGUAUUGUUUACA